AUGACGCCUUCCGCCUCGCUCCGGGGCCACUGUGCCUGCGGUGCGCUGCGUUACACGCUGGACGCCUCUCCGUCGAACCUGCUGUUGUCGGCGUACUGCCACUGCACGCGAUGCCAGCGCCUCAACGGGGCGCCGUUUGUGUGGACGACGCACUGGAAAAAGGACGCCGUCGCCUGGUCGUCGUCGGGCGGCGAGGCUCCGCUCCGCUCGACGGUGCAGCAACAGCUCGGCGACGUCGACGGCCUGGAGCUGUACGAGAGCCUGCCCGGCCGAAAGUUCAAGAUCAGGUGCGCCCGCUGCGGCACGCCCAUGGGCAGCUGGAGCGAGGCCGGAGAGCGUUUCUCGAUCUGGCCCUCGACGCUGGAGCGGCCCGAGGGCGACAAGGCGGCGCUGGCCCACACGGACACGUUCCGCCCGCAGGGUCACAUCUUCUACGGCCCGUGGCGGGUCAUGGACAUUGCCGACGACCUGCCCAAGUACGAUGGGUACCUCGGCCAGUCGCAGCGCGUCGACCGCUCAGGCCGGCCGCUGCCGGCGGGCUUUGACGGCGGCGGCGCCUUCAACCCGCACGAUCCGCGCGACCUGGUGGGCUAUGCCGCCCAUCCGCCGCACCCGCGCUGGCCCGACGACGCGCGCAUCGCAUUGUCCUUUGUCGUCAACUACGAGGAAGGCGGCGAGAACACGACGCUCAACGGCGACGAGUUUUCCGAGCUGUACCUGACCGAGUACGGCGCGGCCAACGGCAAGAUGCCGCCGUCGUACGUGCGCAACCUAUCGGUCGAGAGCUCGUACGAGUACGGCAGCCAUCGCGGCUUCUGGCGCAUCCUCGACCUGUUCAAGCGCAAGGGAUGGAAGUUUACCAGCUGGUCGGUCGGACGCGCCGUCGAGCAGAACCCGGCCGUGGUCCGGGCGAUGGAGGAGGCGGGCUGCGAGGUGGCCUCGCACUCCUACCGCUGGUUCGAUCACUCGACGAUGGCACCCGAAGAGGAACGGGUGCAGAUCCAAAAGGCCAUCGCGGCCAUCAAGAACGCCUCGACCAAGUCUCGCGAGCCCCGCGGUUGGUACACGGGCCGCCAGUCGGUCAACACGCGCCGCCUCGUGUACCAGGUGUACAAGGAGCUCGGCCUGCACGGCGAGCUCUAUGACUCCGACGCCUACGACGACGACCUGCCCUACUGGGUCCCCGCGCCGGACGGCACCGAGGGCGAGUACCUGCUGGUGGUGCCCUACACGCUCGACAGCAACGACAUGAAGUUUGCCAACACGCCCGGCUUUAUCAACUCGGACACGUUUUCCGCCUACCUCAUCGACGCGUUCGAGACGCUGGUGGCCGAGACGUACCUCGGGGCCGAGAAUCCGAUGAGCGUGCCCAAGAUGAUGACCGUCGGCCUCCACUGCCGCGUCGUCGGCAGGCCCGGCCGCUUCCCCGGCCUGCAGAGGUUCGUCGAGCACGUCGAAAGGAGGAAUGCCGAGCUGCUCCAGGAGGGCGGCGGCAAGGGCGGCGUGUGGGUGGCCACCCGCGAAGAGAUUGCCAACCACUGGAGGAAGACGCAUCCGCCUCCCGCACCACGCGAGCAGUGA